UGAAACCUUGUACUGAAUCUUUUGUUAUGCAGCCCCCGUGCAGUCGUUACUGGGAUCAGCGGAAUAGGAUGGACACUUUCUCCCAUGUGCCCCCUGGAUUCCGUUUCCACCCCACCGACGAGGAACUCGUCGACUACUACCUGAGGAAGAAGGUGGCGUCGAACAAGAUCGACCUCGACGUCAUAAAAGACGUCGAUCUGUACAAAAUUGAGCCUUGGGAUCUCCAAGAGAAGUGCAAGAUCGGAAUGGAGGAGCAGAACGAGUGGUACUUCUUCAGCCACAAGGACAAGAAGUACCCGACCGGCACCCGCACCAACCGGGCGACCACCGCCGGCUUCUGGAAGGCCACGGGGCGGGACAAGCCCAUCUACACCAAGAACUGCCUCGUCGGGAUGAGGAAGACGCUCGUCUUCUACCGCGGCCGCGCGCCCAACGGCCAGAAGUCCGACUGGAUCAUGCACGAGUACCGCCUCGAGACCACCGAGAACGGGACCACCCCUGAGGAAGGAUGGGUGGUCUGCCGGGUGUUCAAGAAGCGCGUGGCGACCGUGCGGAGGAUGGCCGACGGGGCGCCGUGCUGGUUCGAUGACCACGUCGCCGGCUUCAUGCCGAACCUCGGCUCGUCGCCGAGGCAGCUGAUGAUGCACCACCACCCUCCGAGCGCAUCAGCGGCGGCGGGGUACGGCGGCCAGCAGCUCUACCACCACUGCAAGCCGGAGCUGGAGUACCAUCACCUCCUGCCCAGCCAGGAGGCGGCCUUCCUGCAGCAGCUUCCUCAGCUGGAGAGCCCCAAGCCUCCCGCCUACAUUGCCCAAGGGAGCUGCAGCCUCCAGUCCGACGAGCCUUCCAGGUACACCGCGCAGCAACCGGCGAUGGACCCUGCCUACAUGGCCGCCGGCGACGACUCGGUCACCGAUUGGAGGGUGCUCGACAAGUUCUUCGCUUCUCAGCUGUUCAGCCACGGUGACGGCACCCCGAAAGAGGCCGGUUACUCCAACCCGGCGCAGGUGUUUCAGGCUGAGAACAAGCAGCCAGAAGAGGCACUGGCGGACUACGCCUCCACGUCUGGCAAUGGCGGCGGCGAGGCUGACCUGUGGAAAUAGCUGCUGAAGAACGUACACGAAUCCAUUGGAUGCCGUAUACAAUUCAUAUAUACCUCCCAAAUCUGAUUUAUAGUGUACAAAUAUAUAUAGCAGGCAAUACAUUUCGUGGCAAAUGAAGAUAUACAUAUGCAUAAUAAACAAGUAACCAAAGUGGUUA